AUGUCUUUUGAUCCAGAUCGCUACAUGGUCGGACCGCAGGGCGCGCGUCGCUUAGGUUUAGUUCUUGGUGAUAGUGAUCCUCUCACAGGUAUCUCAGUAAUUCAACAACAUUAUCAGGUGAAAGUCGAGAAUAUCGAGAAUGUCUAUCCGCUACUUGAGUCCAGCGGAAUGUCCAGAUAUAAUAUUCAUGCAGGCAUAUUAGAGGAGUUGAGAGACAAGUUCAUAAAGGCAAUCGAAACAGAGCAAUGGGAUCAGGACAAGUUUAAUAGCUUUCUGGCCAAAACGAUGUCGUUAUUGUUUCUUAAAGAAUUACGUCCCGUACUUCUGGCGUUGCUUAGGAAAUAUCCGGAGCGUAUAACAUCUGAUGUUUAUGCAAUUUUGGCACGUGAGCCAUCCAUCGAAGUGGAAGCGCCGAUAGAGAUAAAGAGAGGUUUAUAUGCUCGGGACAAAGUGAAAUUCAAGCAUGUUGCACAGAUGUAUCUUAUGGUUUAUGUACAGAAUCAGAGUUUAAGUAUGAUAGCAAGAGAAAUGAGGGGGAUAAACGUAAACGAUGCGUUGGACAGAAGAUUGGAUGACCAAGGAUUGCGAUCGAUAAUUAACUUGGUUCACGAAAGUUCCGAUCUUUUCGAGGAUCUAUUACACAUCAUACGAGAAUGGCACAGAGAGUUUGGAGUCUCAAAGAUAUGUUCAUUUCGAUUCGAUUUCUUCAUGGGAAUGCAGAAGGCCGGAAGAAUUCAAAUGUGUAAAAGGGAUCAUUCCUACAAUAUCAUCUGGUACAUAAAUGGAGGAAUAAGAAAAGGAAUAGAUUUAUCUUGUAUCAACCAAAUAAAUCAACUUUGUGCAAAAAAUAAGAAAAAUGGGUCUAGAGAUUUUGGAGACAUUGCAAUGAUUUUCCAAGAUCCCAUCGUUUAUAAUGUUUUCGCCGCAAAAAUAGUCGAAAUCCUGAAGAAAUAUGUCGAUGAGACCUACCGGAAAAAUUCGGAUAAGUCUAAUGCAGAUAUGAAAAAUCCUUCAAAAUAUGUACAUAACAUAGUAAGCUCGGUAACGAAAGACAAGGACUCGACGCUCAAGUGGUUAUCUUCCAUGAUUAAUCUUGGAAGUAAUUCACACAAGAUGAUGACCAGCAAGAUUUUUAAUAUGCCACAAGUGAACGAGGAAAUUUACACAAAAUUCUAUAAGCAAUUAUUGGUUUUGAUAUUUGAUGACAGGUUACGACAAACAAGCACAGUUAGCAUGUUUAAAGCUAGCGAAACGACCGAAGAUGAAAAUGACGUGCCACCGAUAAUCAAUCCGUCGAAUCAAUUUGGAGAAACUGAGAUCGGUUUGUUGAGGCGUAGCGAUCUUGCUAGAAAAGUGUUUUGUCAUUACAUGCUUGAACGCUGCGAGAAAGGUGACAUCAUUUCCUUGCGACGUUCCCUGGAAUACUUUAGGGUCACCAUGCCAUUAUCUGAGAAUCCAAAUAUGUUACACGUCGAGCUCUAUGAAUCCGCGUUACAAACCCUCAUCUCACUAAUCAUCAAGCAUCAUCGAGUUCGUACACUUUCUUCUGCAAAGUGGUCAGGUGUAAUCAGGAUUCUGGUUAACAUGCCAUGGAAACCGACUAUACACGAGCUGACGGUCAAGCUAUUGAACGAAUACUAUACAGAUGAAGUUAGCGCGGGACUGGCAAGAAUCGGUUGCAUGGAGAAGUACAAGUUGGUAAGAGAUUGGGCCGAAUCGCUCGCCAGUUCAUAUAUGAAAAUUGGUCUCAAGCCCCCACUUUCGCAAAUGCUUCAUACCCUUUAUCACAGUCUCUGGGUUCAAUCCACUACCUGCGUGGAUGGGAUGUUUAAGAUCUCUCCCGAAAAUUGUCCCGCCAUAUUUGCACUCGGAAUAAAUAUGUGA